CAUUGGUGUGAGAGGUUGUGUGUGUUGAGCUCUGUAAUUCGUGAUUAAAAGUGUUGCGAUGUGCAGGUUAUUGGCUGAUAAUAUGAUAUAGCCAAGAUGGGUCUGAUGCCACUCGAGUUUAAGGACUGUCUUAACGACAGUCCUUACUUUCGGGAGAAAUUACACGCUCAUGAGAAGGAGUUGGACCAGACAAAUUCUUCCAUCAAGGCUCUUAUUAAGGAAGUGAAAGAUCUGUACCAUGCUGCACGAAGCUGAUGCAUCGGUAGAGAUGGAACAGCGGCACUUCGUCCACGCCUCACUGGAUUAUGUGUUUCUGCUUCAGGAGGUCCAGGAGAGAAAGAAAUUUGAAUUUGUUGAGACGCUGUUGAGUUAUAUGUAUGGGUGGCUGACAUUCUACCACCAAGGCCACGAGGUUUUCAAUGACUGUAGCCCAUAUAUGCGUGACCUUCAAGUUAGAGUACAAAGGAAAUCAAUGGAUCCCGGCAAUAUGGACAAGAUGUAUACCAGACAAGGCUACCUCUUUCUCAUGGAAAAGAAGGCAUUUGGAACAACCUGGACCAAACAUUACUGUCUCUACCAGAAGGAGAACAGAGUCUUCACAAUGAUCCCGUACAACCAGAUUCAGCACAAAAUUAGUAUGGUUCCAGCAUCUUCAGCCAUUCUCCCGGGACUCUUGUUAAAGACUUCGACAGAAACUAUAGUCCUUAGGUCGUGUGUUAGACGAAUGUCAGACAGCAUAGACAAAAGGUUUUGCUUUGAUUUGACGGCUCAAGAUAAACCCGGUGUCCAGUACACACUGCAAGCAUUGUCUGAGGAUGAUCGCAAGCACUGGAUGGAUGCCAUGGACGGCAAGGAACCUGUGAGUACCGACUUCGUAACUCAGCUAUACAAGAGGGCCCUGCUUUUUCAUUCCAUAUUCCUUGUCCUAAGUCUGACUAUAGUAGAAAUGCCAGGGGUAAUUAUUGAAGUGAAUUUAUUUACAGGUUUGGAAGAUCAAGGUUUAUACAGGUUAGUUGGUGUGUCUAGUAAAGUAACAAAGCUGCUACAGUUGGGAUUGGACCGGCGGAAAGCAGAGAGACUCAUGCUAGAUGACACUGCUGAGUGGGAGGUGAAAACCAUUACGUCUGCCAUUAAACAAUAUUUUCGUAACCUUCCCGAACCUCUCAUGACGUACAAGCUUCACAGUGCCUUCAUCGCUGCUGCCAAGCAAGACCAGUUAUUCCGGCGUGUCAACGACAUCCACGGACUGGUUCACAAACUACCAAAGACGAACUUCACUGUUCUCAAACUUUUAAUUCAGCAUUUAGUGAAUGUUGCCAACAAGAGUGAAAAGAACCUUAUGACAGUAAGCAACCUCGGAGUGUGUUUUGGACCAACCCUGCUGCGACCAGAAGAAGAAACUGUUGCUGCCAUCAUGGAUAUUAAGUUUUGUAACAUUGUGGUGGAAAUCCUCAUCGAACAUUUUGAAAAGAUUUUCGGUUCUCAGCCAGAGCCACUCAUAGACGUGACCAGGCUCGGAGACCCGUCGACUGCCUCGAGUCGGCAGACUCCGCCCAAGCCCUCUCCUCCGCCCUCUGCUAACAAUCACGCGGCAUCUGGCGGUUCCCAGUCCUCCACUCACAACCACACUUCUGCCUCGUCUGUCUCCUCCACUCACUCUAAGCAUCCUCCAGUCUUACAGAAGGUUGUGACAUCCUUCACUACAAGUGAACCCCAGACAGUACACUUUGGUGCACCGUCCAGUCUUCCGUCACACUUGCAACGUUCCGACGCACUCUCUAACCUUAAAGCCCAGACAUCAACGUCAGGUGCUUAUGCAAACAUGCCCCCACCACCGUCUGCCACACACCAUUGGAAUAAUACAUCAUCGGUAUCUAGUCUUAACUCAGGCCUAAACUCAGGGCUAAAUUCCCAUAGCUCACUUGUGUCAUUAAGCUCAUCAGUGGCAGGGUCUAUUGCCAUGAGCGGGGCUUUUGAAACAGUUCAAAACAGUCGGCCUGCGCGCCCUCCAGCUCCUUCUAAUGGUCAGUCCAGAGCAGGGACAGCUUUGUCCUUUGUCAAUCCUCUGUCUGAUCGAAAUGAUGGAGUACAGAGCACAAGUAGUUCAAGCGAGUCGUUAUCAUCGCGGUCGUCGCGAGAGCUAACACAGCCACCCUCCAACUCCCUCUCCUCCUCCCCGCAGACAAGUAAGAGGCUUCCUCAUGUUGUGGCACCCCCGCCGCUGGGUGCUAACGGCCCUCACCGAGACAUCCGUUUGCAGCAGGCAAACUAUUAUGCGUAUAACAGCAAUGCCCGACUCGGUACAGCGUACCCCCCGACGUACCGGCAGCACAUGGAAACUCUGUGCAAGCGACAAUCUCUGGAGUUCCUCUACUCAUCUAUGAACUCCAUCAGUGGGUCACAUUCCACCCUGAGCCUCAUGGCUCCGACUAGUUCCUCUCCUCCGCCCUCUUCCUCGUCCACUUCUAAUGGAACCGUCAACUCACCACCAAGGCGUGUGAGAACGUUGUAUGCAUGUGUAGGAGAGAAUGAGUCAGAGCUUUCUUUUGAACCAAACCAAAUAUUAAGUAAUGUUCGACCGUCUCGAGAACCCGGCUGGCUGGAAGGAACUCUCAACGGACGAACUGGUCUGAUACCUGAAAACUAUGUGGAAGCAAUAGAUGAUAAACCUCCACCUCCUCGGCUAAUAUCCCAGAGAAACACAGAUGUGUAACCUAGGAAAAAUAGUAAUUUAAUGCUUUCAAAGUAGAUAUUUCCUCUGAUCCUCAUGUCAGGUAAUAUGGUGUCCUGCGAUAUCCACCGCUUGAAGAAUAUGCUUACCAUUGAUCAGUGAUACAUGUGUAUGUAUGUAUGGGGUACCUCUUCAAACAACCUACAUGAGAGGUGUUGCUUUAUGUAUGCUAAUACAGUGAUGGAAUAUUGCCUUCAGGUUUGAUAUGAUGAUCUAUUUAAGCCUUAAGUACUGCCAGGACUUCCUGUGCUAUUAAAGAAAUCUUGAACCAUAUCAAACUCUCAAAAUAAUGGAUAUUUUGCGAGUGAUAUCUGUUUAGAAAGGAAGAACCAAGGUUGCGUUCUUCUCAUUAAUCAAAACGAACUUUAUCUAACAAGUGCCACAAAUAUUUUCUCGGUAGUAAUUCCUGUUAAUGUGUGGGAUUUUUACUUGGAAUUGCAUGACGUGUGUAAGAGGAUUAAAGUGUCACAAUAAAGUGUAUAUAAGAAAAAUAUAAAAAAUUGUUGAAGUUAAUGUCAACUUGUUACUCUUGAUGCAAGUGAGAAUAAUUGUGAUGGUAAUUACAGUGAAUGAGAACGAGAAGUAUUCUUCAAAGACUUACAGUCGUCCGGACAUUAUUAAAAGAAAUACAUUAUAGUCCUUGCUUAUGUGAGUCAUGCUUAUAUGAUUUUUUUAUUUUUUUUUAAAUGUAUAUAUAUAUAUUAAUGUAAAUCAUUGAUUAGUUCAUUAUUUUAUAUUUAAAUGUUAUUAAAACUUUAGAAAAGAGUGAAAUUAUUUGCCAGUUAGGUUUUAGUUUGAUGUUACAUGGUAUGUACUACAGUAUUUAUUAGUUAGUACAAUGCAGUAUAUGAAAGAUGUAGCCUUAAUUGUAGUCGAAGGAUAACUCUGGCAAACUGGUUCUCUUUAUUUGAUUAGUUGAAAUUUAUAGACAAAAGUUUAGACAGUUUUUGAGAUGAUAUAGAAAGUAUGCUAUAGCAAGUGAAUACUGAGGACAUAACCUAACAUACGUGUGUAACAGUGAUGACCUAGUCUGAACCAAAAUAACUCGGAGAAUGUAUAUUUAGUCUUCAUAUAACAGCCAUUUGUACAUUUAAUUAAUUUAUAAAUAUUGUUUUAUUACCACUUUAUGAUACAUAAUUGUAAUAUUUCAUUCUCUAUUAUAUUUUACAGCAUUAUGCAAUUUCUAAUUUUGGUGUAAGUAGCCAAAUGACUUUUUAAUAUAUAAGCCCGGUUUCUUGAUUAUUGUAUUGAAUUGUUACAUAAAACCGGUGCUUUUUUAGAAAAGACAGACGUAUAGGAUGGUAUAGUAUUUGUGUCCCAUAUUGUCACUUUCUUAGUUUUUCUUUUAUAGUAUCAGUCAUAUAUGAUUCUUUAACCCGUAAACGGUCCAAACGUAUAUACGUUUUUUCAACAUUUGAAAGUAUGUAAAAAGAGUAGAUCUUUUUGUUUUUUUACAUUUGAAAAUGUGUAAAAAAAGCUUUGAUCUACUUUUUUUUUUGUUAUAUUUGAAAAUAUGUAAAAAAAACGUAGAUCUACUUUUGUAGCUACGAAUUUGAACGUCGAUCUGCUCGGACCGUUUACGGGUUAAAUACAGUGAAACCUUGGUUUUCGUGCUCCGCAGCGAGCCUGUUAAAACCACAGUUAUUUUCCAUAAAAUGUAUUUUUUAUUAAUAUUUUUGGGUGUCUGGAAUGGAUUAAUUGGAUUUACAUUAUUUCUUAUGAGAAAUAUAAAAAAAAUAGAUAUUAUAGAGAAUAACUGUGGUUUACGUGCAAGCUUGGGAGUAUGAAAACCAGAGUUCCAUUGUAUGUGGAUAAACAGAAGGGUGAAUGAGGGACUCAAACCGCAAUCUGUAAACUGAGUCAAUUUGCAGACCUCGGUUCAAGCCCUCAUCCACUCUUCUCUUUACUCAUUGAUAGUUGUUUAUUACAACUUAAUUUUUGAAUCCUUUAAACGUAUAUUUAAUGUGCAACAAAAUCACAAGAAACAUGAUAUCUUAAUGUGUGAUAUAACCACGGUGAAAAGGAAAUUUAUUCAGAGCAUUUUUCAUUAUCUCUGAGGCACAUUCUUAGUGCAUGUGAGUGAGAGAUAGACAGAGUGCUUGCAAGUUAUUCCCUUUUAUUGUGCUUAAAUUGCAUAUAUUUAACAUGAAUGGAAUUUAUAUAUUUUAGGUAUUCAGUGUAAAGAUAGGUUUUUGUAUGCAACUAGUCAAGUAUUAUUCAUUGUGAUGAAAAAGCAUAUAUCACAGUGGUAUAAGUAGUCCAUUAAUUCAAGUGCUGUCUUGGAUUAAAACGAUAAUGUCAGCAGAGAUAUUCUGUCAUAAGAACUGGAUUAAGAUUUUUGUAGGCCCCUGGGCUAUAGGUACUGUGAAGCCCCUGGGCUACAGGUACUGUGAGGCCUUCGAGCUGCAGAUACUGUGAAGCCCCUGGGCUAUAGGUACUGUGAGACCCCUGGGCUACAGGUACUGUGAGGCCCCUGGGCUACAGGUACUGUGAGGCCUUUGAGCUGCAGGUACAAUGAGGCCCCUGGGCUACAGGUACUGUGAGGCCCCUGAGCUACAGGUACUGUGAGACCCCUGAGCUGCAGGUACAAUGAGGCCCCUGGGCUACAGGUACUGUGAGUCCCCUGAGCUAUAGGUACUGUGAAGCCCCUGGGCUACAGGUACUGUGAGACCCCUGAGCUACAGGUACUGUGAGGCCCCUGGGCUACAGGUACUGUGAGACCCCUGAGCUACAGGUACUGUGAGAGCCCUGAGCUACAGGUACUGUGAGGCCCCUGGGCUACAGGUACUGUGAGACCCCUGAGCUACAGGUACUGUGAGGCCCCUGGGCUACAGGUACUGUGAGACCCCUGGGCUAUAGGUACUGUGAGGCCCCUGAGCUACAGGUACUGUGAGGCCCCUGGGUUACAGGUACUGUGAGGGUCCCUGGGCUACAGGUACUGUGAGGGUCCCUGGGCUACAGGUACUGUGAGGCCCCUGAGCUUCGGGUAUUAUGAGGCCCCUGAGCUACAGGUACUGUGAGACCCCUGAGCUACAGGUACUAUGAGGCCCCUGAGCUACAGGUACUGUGAGGCUCCUGGGCUACAGGUACUGUGAGGCCCCUGGGCUACAGGUACUGUGAGGCCCCUGGGCUACAGGUACUGUGAGGCCCCUGGGCUACAGGUACUGUGAGGCCCCUGGGCUACAGGUACUGUGAGGCCCCUGGGCUACAGGUACUGUGAGGACCCUGAGCUACAGGUACUGUGAGGCCCUUGAGCUACAGGUACUGUGAGGCCCCUGGGCUACAGGUACUGUGAGGCCCCUGAGCUACAGGCACUGUGAGGCCCCUGAGCUAUAGGUACUGUGAGGCUUCUGGGCUACAGGUACUAUGAGGCUUCUGGGCUACAGGUACUGUGAGGCUCCUGGGCUACAGGUACUGUGAGGCCCCCUGAGCUAUAGGUACUGUGAGGCCCCUGGGCUACAGGUACUGUGAGGCCCCUGGGCUACAAGUACUGUGAGGCUUCUGGGCUACAGGUACUGUAAGGCCCCUGGGCUACAAGUGCUGUGAGGCUUCUGGGCUACAGGUACUGUAAGGCCCCUGGGCUACAAGUGCUGUGAGGCUUCUGGGCUACAGGUACUGUAAGGCCCCUGGGCUACAAGUGCUGUGAGGCCCCUGGGCUACAGGUACUGUGAGGCUCCUCGGCUACAAGUACUGUGAGGCUUCUGGGCUACAGGUACUGUAAGGCCCAUGUGCUACAAGUGCUGUGAGGCUUCUGGGCUACAGGUACUGUAAGGCCCCUGGGCUACAAGUGCUGUGAGGCUUCUGGGCUACAGGUACUGUGAGGCCCCUGGGGUACAGGUACUGUGAGGCCCCUGGGCUACAUGUACUGUGAGGCCCAUGGGCUACAAGUGCUGUGAGGCUUCUGGGCUACAGGUACUGUGAGGGCCCUGGGCUACAGGUACUGUGAGUCUUCUGGGCUACAGGUACUGUGAGGCCCCUGGGCUACAGGUACUGUGAGGCCCCUGGGCUACAGGUACUGUGAGGCCCCUGGGCUACAGGUAUUGUGAGGCCCCUGGGCUACAAGUGCUGUGAGGCUUCUGGGCUACAAGUGCUGUGAGGCUUCUGGGCUAUAGGUACUGUGAGACUUCUGGGCUACAGGUACUGUGAGGCCCCUGGGCUACAGGUACUGUGAGGCUUCUGGGCUACAGGUACUGUGAGGCCCCUGGGCUACAGGUACUGUGAGGCCCCUGGGCUACAGGUACUGGGAGGCCCCAGGGCUACAGGUACUGUGAGGCCCCUGGGCUACAGGUACUGUGAGGCUUCUGGGCUACAGGUACUGUGAGGCCCCUGGGCUACAGGUACUGUGAGGCCCCUGGGCUACAGGUACUGUGAGGCUUCUGGGCUACAGGUACUGUGAGGCUUCUGGGCUACAGGUACUGUGAGGCCCCUGGGCUACAGGUACUGUGAGGCUUCUGGGCUACAGGUACUGUGAGGCUUCUGGGCUACAGGUACUGUGAGGCCCCUGGGCUACAGGUACUGUGAGGCUUCUGGGCUACAGGUACUGUGAGGCCCCUGGGCUACAGGUACUGUGAGGCCCCUGGGCUACAGGUACUGUGAGGCUCCUGGGCUACAGGUACUGUGAGGCCCCUGGGCUACAGGUACUGUGAGGCUUCUGGGCUACAGGUACUGUGAGGCCCCCAGUGAUAUUUUCAAAAGGAAAAAGUUUAAGAAAAACUAAAUUUAUUUUGACAAGGCUGCCCACAACUAAAAUUCAAUCAUUUGCUUUGUGUAAUUUCUUGGUUAACAAAUUUCUACAAAACAUCAGUAAAUUGCAAGUUAUUGAGAACAUCUGUGGAGGGUCCUCCAGCUGGUGGAGGCCCCUGGGCUGCAACCCCUGGAGGUCCUCCAGCUGGUGGAGGCCCCUGGGCUGCAACCCCUGGAGGCCCUCCAGCUGGUGGAGGCCCCUGGGCUGCAACCCCUGGAGGUCCUCCAGCUGGUGGAGGCCCCUGGGCUGCAACCCCUGGAGGUCCUCCAGCUGGGGAGGCCCCUGGGCUGCAACCCCUGGAGGUCCUCCAGCUGGUGGAGGCCCCUGGGCUGCAACCCCUGAAGGUCCUCCAGCUGGUGGAGGCCCCUGGGCUGCAGCCUCUGAAGCCCAUGCCUUAAUCUGGCCCUGCCUCUCAUCAGUACUACUUGCAUUAUAAAAUGAAGCCCAUGUGAUGAGAUAUUACCAUAGCAUGUACACUAGUAGUUUCCUUGUUGACAUCAUCCAAAUUCAAGGAAGGAACUUUGGUAAUAGAUCUUUAUAUAUAUUUUGUAUUCUUUUUCAUCGUAGAGUUCAAUAUUGAAACUGAUUCUAAACAUUGUUUUUACCUUUUUCAAGAAUGUUGGAGAUAUAAGAAUAAGAAGUCACAAUAUCAUGGCUGGAUUAAUUCACAAUUAACAAGUUGAGUAUGAAACAGACAGUGUUUCGGUGUGUCUAGUAAUAGCAUGUUAGCAAGGGCAGAUCCAAGGAACUGGGGUAGGUGAGGUUAUUCUCUCUCCCUGGGCCACUCUGAAAAGGUUUUCUUAGCAUUGAUUGUUAUUACUCGUUAACUUGUUAAUACAACUAAAGAAUUAACAUUUCUUGUUAUCUAAAAACUUAUCAGUUCAUAAAAAAAAUAUCACUCCUCUUCCCAGUGGAAGCACCAAUUUUGAGGGACUGAAAUCCCCCAAAAUUCCCAUAGCCCCAAAUCAAAAUAGUAAUAAUACUAACAGCGCUGGCUGCAACAAGACUAUUUGUCAGUGGGACACAGAAGACUACAUACAUUAUGAUUGCAUAAUAAUAAUAAUCUUCAUUUCUGCAAAUACAUCAUAUGACUUAUACAGACCAUAGCUGACAUCAAAUUCAUACUAUAUGGAAAGCCCCUGGUUAUGCAGAGCAUUUCAGGCAAAUUAGGUUAUGUUCCCAGGAUGUGGCCCACACCAGACAACUAACAGCAACAGCAUAUGUAUUAAGAAAACUCGCCCCAAUGUUUCUACCCAUACCAGGGUGUUUGUGUAUUGUUCCAGUCAUGGUAUUGUGCUUUAGUGUUCAUUGUCUAUUUUUCAUCUGUAAUUUGGGAGUUAGUCAUUAAUUUGAGAUACGGUAUUUAGUUUUAUCAGAGGAUGUUCUGGUAAGUAAUCCACAGUAAUAACUUUAACAAUCUUGCCCUGCUGUUACGCAUCAAGGAACCUUUGUGAUGAUAACAAUCUUGCCCUGCUGUUAGGCAUCAAGAAACCUUUGUAAUGAUAACUUGCUAGGUAACACUAGCUGAGUGAAAAUUGGAAGUGUAGACUUUCAGUUCUUUAUUUUAAUUAAAGAAGUUAGAUAUGUCAGAUUUGUCCCAUGGUUAAAUAUAACAUUCCAUUUACAGUAAGCUCUUAAUUUUAAUGCUUGCAAGCAAGUGAUGCUAAUAUGACUAUACUUUCUUUGAGCUAAGUUAGUAAUUUCUGUAGUAGAAUUGAUGGAUUAGAAAAAUUAACUCUUCAGUCAUAUAACACCUAAAGUUAAGUUUUGACAUUUUUGUUUUUCUCAUAAAAAACCUACACAAAAGUACAAAGAUUUUUCAGUUUAAUUAUUAGUAAUGAUUUCACCUGUACCUGAAAAUAUUGAGAUCAGAAAUACUUAAUUAAUAAGGAAAAAUUAUGAGUUUACUGUAUGGCAUUUAAUUUCAGUGAUUAUAAACCAAGGUAUGGAUGGGGAUUGAACUCAUGGCUAGUGAGUCAUAAAACUCCAGACCGGCACAUUAGCCACUGGGCCAACUAGCUACAAUAAGAUUCAUCCAAAUAGGUAUAUUUAUACACCAUAGGAAGGUUAGCAUAGGCACCACUUGCAUUUGUGGUCACAGUGGUGCCUAUGUUAACCUUCCUAUGGUGUAUAUACCUAGUUGGAUGAAUCCUAUUGUAGCCAGGUGGCCCAAUGGCUAACACGUUGGUCCGGAGUUUUACGACUCACUCGCUGCAAGUUCAAUCCCUGCCUUUUGUGUGGUUUGUUUGCAAUUGUGUCAUCACAAUUUUGUUACUCAGUUCGGUGAUGAUAUAAAUUAGCCAGUUGAGCACAUUGUUAAAUUUAUGCUUGAUGCAGCACACAAAGAAACAGAAAGAACAGCAGUUAACUUUUUAUAGCCAUUAAUUGGAUAUUGACUAGUCAUUUCUAUUAUUAAGGUUAGAAAAACUAACUGAAUAAUAAAGAUACUUUGUAAUAUUAUCCUUAGUAGAUGAACUUUGUGUUAAUUGCUAAGCCAGAAGAAACUUUAAGUGUUUCCUUCAUGAUGUAUAUGGCAUUAUUUGUGUUACACUCCAACACAGUGAGCACUAAAAUUCUUCAAUGACUCUGUAACCAUGUAGAAGCCUUCCCCAGGAGCCAGAGGAGGUUCUCUGAGGAUGUCUUCAUUAAUGACAAACCUGCAGUAACGUCCCACCAGGGAUAAGGAAUUGGCAGUGAGUUUAAAGAUUAUAUCUGAAUAAAUUUUUGUUAAACUCUAAUAUAGAAAUGUCUUACCACAAGUUAUGGGCUAUAUCACAUUUUAGCUUUCCGAAUUUCUAUAAUUUGGAUUUUUAAUGGGUGAAAUCUUAGUAAAGUUUGUGACUAAUAUCAUGACCCAGGAUUUUUAGUUUUAUAGUUAUAUUAUGCCUUUACGUACCCCCUUACCCAUCUUGUGGGUGAUAGUCAAAAGAUUACAGUGGUACAUAAUGGGUCCAUUACCCUGAUCCAGGGAGUCAUGGUAUAUAAUGGGUCCAUUAUCUUGACCCGGGAAGUCAAAUCAUUCUUUACCUAUGUAGCACAUUCCAUCUCAGUCAUUCUGACAUGCAGGUAACUUUCUUGUUCCCUGAAAUCAUGUUUGUGUAGCUUGUUUCUCCAUAUAUACAGGAUGGCCCCACAUAUACAACAUCUUUUUUUGGUGUUCCACAUUUUCAGUGGCUUUCAGUUGAGCCAUUGUUCCACUCGCCAGCAAAGAUGGCUUUCAUUUGAGCCAACAAUGAUUGCCAACAAGUGGAAUGUAAUGAACAGUGGCUUACUUUGAAACCAACGAAAACAUGGAACACUGAAAAGAAGGUGCUAUACAUGAAGAGCCCUCCUCUGUAUUUUAUAUUUCCUGUUUUCCUUUUUCGAAACACAGAAGUGCAUUUUCUUAUUCACUAGUUUCUUAUGUUUUCAUUGGCUUAGCUUAAUUGAAGUGUAACAACCCAAGAGGAACCAGUUAAGGAUAGGUUAGCAGAGGCUACUUGCAUUACCUUCCAGGAUAAAUUGAACUGAAAUAACGCAAGAGGAAUCAAUUAUGGAUAGGAGCUUUGGAGGGAAUACUCAAGCAACUUUCCAAAAGUAGAUUUGCUCAACAAAUUUAAUGCACAUUGUAGAUAUUUCUCAGCAAAAUUAAAGAAAAUAAUUGAAAUGCACAUUCCAUAAAGAUGUUCCUGCAAUGUCUGCCAAUCAAAAUAUUCCUGUACAUUUCUUAUAUACAAAAUGAAUAUAUUUUGACUAAGUUUAAAGAAAACUGAUUUGUAAAUAGUAUAGUUUAUUUUCUUCUGUUGUCCAAGGGUGCAUUAUGUUAAUGCAAAUGAAUCCUUUCCUAAUAUGAUUUUUUUAUAUAAUGGUUUUACUUGGCUGUAACUUAAUAUGGUAAACUAUGCAGACACCUGAAAGACUCAAUUUUUUUUUUUUUUUUUUUUUUUUUUACAUUGGACACUGUUCUCUGUACUAGAAAAAAAAAUUUUCAUUUGAACUGUAUCAUUUUUAAUUAAUCUGUCAGACUUAAAUUUCUGUAACUGAUCAUUCUCUGUAGCAAAUCUUCUAGGUGUGUAUCUUUAUAAUACAGUAUAUGCCAGGCCAGCAUUUUCCAGUGAGGUGACAGACAUGUUUCUUGGUGAGGAGAUGAUAACUGCUUCACAUCCUUAAUAUGAACACCAACCAACCCUGAGCCAUACCAAAGCCAAUCAUUUUCUGCUAACUCUCCUUCUCGAGAUGUGAUGUGUCUCCUCUUGUCGGAAAGCACAAGUACGUAUGACCCCCGCACAUUGGUGGGAUUGAUACAUAUGCUAACAAAAAAUUAAUAGCUCUGUUCAUAAAUCUUAAAGUACAGGUGCUCUUUGACUUACGAUGGAGUUAUGUUCGAAUAAGCCCAUCAUAAAUCGAACACAAAUUUGAUAUGCUAAAUAAAUAAAUACAUAAAUAACUACUGUGGCUGAAUAAGUAAAUAAACAGAUAAUUUCUAUAACUAACUGAACACCAGUAUUGAAAAGUAAAUAAAUGAAUACAAGUUACGGACUUGCCGCUGUAUAGUCCUUGUGGCUUAGCGCUUCUUUUUGAUUAUAAUAAUAAUAAUACGGACUUGCCGCCUUCAUGCUGGGUAAGUAGGUUUCAUUUCCAAAGUAAUUGCUUUUGCUCCAUUGUAAAGUCCAAGUAUUGCAAGUCGAACCAUUGUAAGUCGAGGAACACUUGUAUAGGAAAAGCAAAAUGAAGUGGUUAAUGAUAUCAUAGUUUUUUAUCAUAUACUGUAUUUAUAUCAGCGCUUCUUCACUAAAUUUCAUGUAUGGAGAAGACUCAGGUACUGGUGUAUGAGACCUAAAUUUAGGAUUAAAUAAGUCAAAGAGUUUAUUGUUUACGUGUAAAUAAGAGAUUAGGAUGAAAUAAAAUUGAUAUACACCAUGAUUUGUAUAUAGUAGUUUUAAUGAAUGAGGAUGCUUCAAAUACAUAAUGAUACUAUUUUAAAAUAAAUGUCAGAAAGUAUUCAAA